AUGCAGGAGCAAAAUGGUGUCCACAGAUCCAGUAGAUGUUCUCACGAAGUUUCCUGUCAGCCUUGUAAAAAAGGAGUAUUCUCUUCGGCGUUGCUUUACCUUUAUUUACUAGAAGGGGAAUAUGAUAAUGGUUCUCAUACUCACAGAUUUUUGGUUACACUAUCAUUGACCGUUCAUCUUGAAUUAAUACAGCCAAAUCUCAGUUUCAUCAAUCAAAAGCUCAAACUAGACUCUCUUGAGCCAAACAGGACGGUUCUUAGUGAAGAUCGCUCCAUUAUCUUUCAAGCCACCCUGCUCUCAUUUUCAGAGUUUGCUACCCACAGCCAUUCCACCCAGAGUGCAUCAACAACUCAGAUGAGAUCUGUACAAAUUGUAGAGCCACGCAUUCAAGCUUAG